AUGGAGGAACCCAGCUCGAUCCAAUCGGCCGACAGCCACUGGCUGGAGUCGAUCAAAAUCGAGCUCGCCGAGCUCUCCCCGCUCUCCUCCAGCUGGACAAUCUGCAGAGUCCCGACGAAGCUCCGCAACACCAACAAAGACGCCUACACUCCCCACAUCAUCUCCGUCGGUCCCAUCCACCACGAGGAGCGGAGCCUGAAGGGCAUGGAGGCUCACAAAUGGCGGUACAUGCUCUCCCUCCUCGAGCGCACCCAGAACGCCGUCGCCACGCUCGACGCCUGCGGCAAGGCCAUCCUCCGCUUCGACAACGACGUCCGCGCCUCCUACGCUGAGUGGAUCAACUACAGCAACACCGACCUCGCCAAGAUGAUGCUCCUCGACGGCUGCUUCAUCCUCGAGCUCCUCCUCCGCUACUCCAAUCCGGACCCCAAGCUCCAGAGCGACCCGAUCUUCACCACUUCCUGGAUGAUUCUCACCCUCCAGCGGGACCUGGCGCUGCUGGAGAACCAGAUCCCCUUCUUCGUCCUCGAGUGGCUCUUCAAUUUCACGGUCCGCCGAACCGCCAACGGCCUCGCCACCCCGUCAUUACCGGAUCUGGCUCUCCGAUUCUUCCGGUCCUCGAUCAACAACGUCAACGAGGAAACCCUAGGCGCCGGCGGCCGGCAGAACAGCCACCACCUCCUCCACCUGAUCCACAACUGCUACUUCCCUUCCUCCCCUCGAAUCGAAACCAAGGGGAAGAGGAACAGCAACAACAUCGAGUUCAUCCACUGCGCGGCGGCGCUCAAGGAGGCCGGGAUCUGGUUCGAGAAGGACGAUACGAAGUCCCUGUUCGACCUGGAGUUCAGGAACGGGGUGUUCCGGAUCCCGCCGCUGCGGGUCCACGACUCGACGGACGCGCUGUUCAGGAACUUCAUCGCGUUCGAGCAGUGCUUCCAGGAGAGCUCGCAGUACAUCACGUCGUACGUGCUGUUGAUGGACCGGCUGAUCGACACGGCCAAGGACGUGGAGGUGCUGGAGCGGCGGCGGAUCGUGGCCAACGAUCUCGGGGGGAGGGAUGACGUGGCGGCGAUGUUCAAUAACAUCUGCAAGCAGAUUGUGCUGCGGGAUUUCUAUUUCGCCGGGUUGUGUGAGCAGGUGAACGAGUAUUAUCACCGGCGGUGGAACAGGUACAAGGCGUCGCUGAAGAGGGAUUACUGCACGAAUCCGUGGACGAUUAUAUCGUUGCUGGGAGCUUUCAUUCUGAUUUCCCUGACGGCGGUGCAGACCGUCUACUCUGUUCUCGGUUACUAUCCCCACUGA